AAAAUGAAAAAGUUUAAGAUGCCCACUGUUCAAGAAUUUCUGGCUCUAAAGACUAUAUACGGGCCUAAAAAAGAACCAGUUUGGGUUUACUUAGAACGGGAAAUGAGAGAAAAUGUCCACAUUAAGCCGUACAACGAGCUAGUUGGUGCGUGGUUGAAGUUUUUAAGAGACUUUAAGAAGUUUCAGCAGAAAGAAGCCCAGAGAAAACUCAAACGAUUGCAAAGAGAAGCAGGACCCGGGUGGUUUUUUGAAUUGUCGCGGUUGCAAAAGAACGUUUUGAAUGACUUAAAAUCAAAUAUCCACCAAGAUUUGAUAGAAGAUAUUCCGACACGCACAAGGAAAUCCUUAUCGGAUCUUGGAGUCACAUUAAAAAUACCAAAAUCCAUGUUGAUGAAGGCUAUGACGGAAUCUAUAGAAGAUCCGGGCAUUUUUAUAUGGAACCUGUAUACCGCUUAUUAUAAAAUGCCACCAAGUAAAUUACGAGGGGAAUAUGAUAUAAAUUCAAUGAUACUGAUGUCCAGUUUAGUUUUUAUCGAUUUAGCGGAGUGCAUCGAGAGGUUGGAAAAAUUAACGGAAUCAAAAGUUGUAGAGAAGAAAGUGAAACCUAAAAAGCCUCCUAGGAACUUUAAACCGAAUGUGAGAUAUGGUGAUUACUUACAAAAGAAUUACGUUCCGCCGUAUAAAAAUCAUGAUGUUGAGAAUAAACAGACCAAACCUCCACCCCUCGGAAAUAAAGUUAAAUUGAGAAGCCAAUCAAGUUACGAGAAGCUUUGUGAAGAUCACAAAUUUCUAGAGAAAAGAAAGGAAAGGAACAAGAAAGAAAGACCAGAAUAUCGAAUGUGUACAUAUAAAUUUUGGGAGCCCCCGUGUACUUUACGUAACAGUGAUCCAAGAUUACUAUCAUAUUUGAAGAAAUUAAAAAUGUUAAAGAUAAAAGCGAAACCGAAGUUCCAUUCGCCGUACGACAAUGUUCAGUACAAUGUUGGCGGGGUCGUGUUUUCCGGAGGGAGGCCUCAUUACGUCUUAAAUAACAUAUCAUUGUUGCCGACCGGCUACGUGCCUAUCAAUGGUGGGGCUGUCGCUUUUGGCAACGAUAUGCUUCUACACAUUCAUGGUUACUGGAAAUUUCCUAAAGACGUCAAAGAGGCUUGCGAAGAUAAUUGCGAUUGUAUGGACAAAUGGGACACUGUAUUGGAGUAUCUGUACAAGUCAAAGUGCAAAUGCGGACAUCUGUACGAUUAUCACAAUGAAAAUACACUGGCAGAAAAAUAUUUUUAUCAGCCAACGAAGCACGGUCCGUUCUGGAUGGACUACGCUAAAAUAUAUCAGAUGGACCCCACGGAGGAUUUUAUAAAGGAUACAUUUCAACGAGCAAUUAUGUCUUCGCAAACUUCGGGUGAACCCAAAGAGCCCACUAUAUUACCAUCUGGAUUAUCAGAAAAAGAAUUACUAGCGGCGUUUUUAGCUGAAUUAUCAGAUACACCUCUUAUUAUCCCCCACUUACCACAAGCCAACUUAUUAAACAAUCUACAAGAGUGGGUCCGAAAACGAGUUAAGGGAAAAAUGUCUCCUGCUCUACAGAAGCGAUUGUUGCUUCAAUCACAACGAAGAUGGCUUGAUCUUAAACAUAUGGAUUUCCGAGCCCGUGCCUACAGAAUUCCAUUUACAUUGGAACAAUUAUAUAACAUGAAUUGGUCUCACCGGCUUUUAAUCCAAAAAUUGUUUAAAAUACUAUUAAAUGAUUUUGUAACAAGAAAUCAAAUAAAACAAAUUGAACAAACCAGACUUUGGUGGUCUACCACAAAAUCUGAUGCUUAUCUGAGCGAGUCAUUUAUAGAUGUAUUCUUUACGUACAUGCCUGGACGUAUGAAGGACAUAUUCCUUAUAAAUCCCUACAGCGUGGAAAAUACCAAAACUCAUGGCGCAAAAACAUGUCCUCUUGUAUUUUAAAUAUUAAUGGUAUCUAUCAGUCGUUAACGUUUAAGUAUCUAGUGUUAAAAGUGUAGUUUACUUAAGUUUGUGAAACGUGAAUUUAAAAACUUGU